AUGGGCGACAGACUCACUCAAUUGCAAGACGCUGUGGACCAGCUUGCCCAGCAAUUCGUCGCAAGCUUCCACUUCGUCCACCGGCGCCAUGAUCUCGAGCUGCUCGGACCCAACGAUAAGAUUAGAGAGGUCAAACAGGAUCCGGAACAGAAAGAGGUCGAUCCCCUCCCCGCAGACGAAUUCAAAGAUGGCCUAGCCGAGCUGUCGCGCGACCUCAUCAUCAAGGAACAACAAAUCGAGGUCCUCAUCUCCAGCUUGCCGGGCUUGGACAGCAGUGAAGCCGACCAGGAGCGCUAUAUCCAGGAGCUGGAAGACGAGCUCAAGGUCGCAGAGAGUCAGAGGCAGGACGCGAUACGAGAGAAGGACCAGAUUCUGGCAAAGCUUGAUGAGGUGAUCAGAAGCGUUCGACGGCCGUGA